GAGCUUCUCCUCCAGCAGGCUCCACUUCACCAUGAUUCAUGUGUCUGCAUGAGGUGUACCUGGUGGAGGCUGCCAUGGAUGUGCACCCACACCUCCCACUCCCACUCACAGGAAUAUUCUGCUUUGGACAAAUGCAGCCCUGAAGAGAAGCAGGAUUGCAAUGAGGCAGCAGGUGUGGGUGAGAUCUGACGAGGCGCGUGGGACUGUGGCGUGACCGAACCAGAGCCAGAGAUGAGGACCAUCCUUCCUGUGUGCGGAGGCAGCGAUGGAGGGGAAACCCGCAGCCUCCGCAGCCGAGUGGGCAGGAUGAAGAAGCUGCUGAUGCUCAGACCGAGUCCCUGCGUGGGCGUCCACACGGACACGGAGCCUGGGGUGUGGCUCAGGAGCUUCCAGUUACUGGACACCGAUGGACAGGUUGAGGAUCCGGUGCAGGAGUGGGGCGAGGAGGAGGAAGACGGAGCUGUGUUUGGCAUCACGCUGCGCAGGGAGCCUGUCCUGCCCAGAUCGGACACGACGGAGCUCCCGACGGCCUUGGGCUUCGUCCAGUACCACACAGUGAAGGCGCGCAGGCUGAAGGCCGCCACGCUGGAGCGUCUGGUCACCCACCUGCUGGACGCCGAACACCGCGAGCCCGACUUCAUGCCGGUGUUCCUGUCCACCUACAGGGCCUUCACCUCCACCAGCACCCUCAUUGAGCUGCUGUUUCAGAGAGACGACUCAGUCACCAACCUGGAUAACGCCGUCUGCCCUCGCAGUACUUUACUCCCGGUGAUCCGGCUGUGGUUGGAGGAACACAGUGAAGACUUCCAUGAGCCUCCUCGGUAUCAGGCCCUCCGGCUGCUGUGUGUCCACCUGCACCGUCGCCUCUGCUUCAGACGUUUAGCUCAGAACGCAGAGGUCCUGCUCAAGAAGCUCCAGGAACAAGAUCGUAGCCAGCCUGCAUCAGAGCACGACAAUGGAUCAUCACAACAGGAGGUCAGAGAUCAGCACGAUGGUGGCGAGUGGGCCACUCAGGAGGAAAAUAAAUUCAACUUUAUGGACUCUCCUGUGAGAGAAGUGGCAGAGCAGCUGACCAGACUGGACGCUGAGUUGUUUGUCAAAGUGGUGCCCUUCCACUGUCUGGGCUGCGUCUGGUCGCAGCGCGACAAGAAGGAAAACCGCAACCUGGCGCCUACAGUGCGUGCCACCAUCUCGCAGUUUAACGCCGUCACCAACCGUGUCAUCACCUCGCUGCUCUGCCCAUCCUCGCCCAGCCCUUCCACUUCCUCCCCCAUCUCAUCGCCCUGCUCGUCCUCCACCUUCCUGUAUCCGUCCACCGCCCCUCGCUCCCCUCGCUCCCCUCGCUCCCCUCGCUCCCCUCGCUCCCCUCGCUCCCCUCGCUGCCCUCACACCAGCCCCACCUAUAGAGCACGCAUCAUCGAGAGGUGGAUCGCCAUCGCACAGGAGUGCAGACAGCUAAAGAACUUCUCCUCUUUAAGAGCGAUUCUUUCAGCCCUGCAGUCCAACGCUGUGUAUCGCCUCAAGAAGACCUGGGCGGCUGUCAGCAGGGAAAGCAUGACAACCUUUGACCACCUGUGUGAGACUUUCCCCGACGAGAACUGUGUGCUGACCAGCAGAGAGAUCCUGGUGGAGGACGGGAGCCACCUGGACAGCAGCGCUACCUCGGGCUCCAAAUCCCCCAAACUCUGCUCAGAGUCCAGACAGAUGAGCCUGAGCAGCGGCAUCGUACCGUACCUGGGCACUUACCUGACUGUCCUCACCAUGUUGGAUACAGCUCUGCCCGACAGUGUGGAGGGUGGACUUAUCAACUUUGAGAAACGCAGGCGGGAGUUUGAGAUCCUCUCUCAGAUUCGGCAGCUUCAGGCCUCCUGUUCUCACUACAACCUUCCAGUAAACCCUCACAUCACCUCCUGGCUGCAGGCCCACACUCUGCUCACAGACCAGGAGAGCUAUGAACUGUCUCGUGAGCUGGAGCCUCCAGUCGACCCAUGUCCCGCCUCCCCCAACUUAUGGAGCAGCCGCCUGCUCACCAAGAAGCUCGCCUCGUUGCGAACAAGCAGCGACAGCUCCCUCAGGAAGACUCAUGCCGACCAGAUCAGUGUUUCAUCUUCUGGCUCCAGCAGUUCAGACAUGGAGGAUCUCACUGUCCCUCAGCCUUCACCGCUCAGACUCAAACUCAAGUCUCUCUCGGGCUCCCUUCACAACGUGACAGAAGAUUUCUCCCCCAUGUCCUCCAGCUCGUCCUGCAGCUCCUCACAUCCAGACCUGAGCUCCUCCUCUCUGGUUCUGAGUCCAGAGUCUUCGUCCAGCUGCUCUCCUCAGGCUGUGCUGCCUGUUUACAACAAGCAGGUCGCCGACUCCUGUAUCGUCAGGGUCAGUGUGGAGUCUGUCAGCAACGGAAACGUCUACAAGAGCAUACUGCUGACCAGUCAGGACCACACGCCUCAGGUGAUUCAAAGAGCUCUUGAAAAGCACAACAUGGAGGAUGUCAGCUCCAAUGACUUCCGCCUCUGCCAGAUGCUCAACAAUGGAAAAGAGCUCCAGAUACCUGACAAAGCCAACGUAUUUUAUGCCAUGUGCACCACGGCCAACUAUGACUUUGUCCUGCGCCAGCGCUGGAAGAGCCACGGGAGACAUCUCGGCUCUUCUUCCAGCCCUGGUGCUCAGCCCAAGAGCCGCCACGCCAAGUGAAGAGCAUCUGUCCCGGUUCAACGACAAGAGCACAGCUAGAAGACGGAGGAGCUGCACAUCUGCAACAGCUGCACAUCUGUGGCCGUUUGUUAUUGUCACUGUGCAGCAGAUGAGAGCAGCUCCGCCACAGAGACUCCAAGACUUUGACUGAAACAUAACCUGGAGGAGCUCUCGACAAGAUGUAGUUCAUCAGAAGCAGCACUGCAGCGUGUUGGAACAUUUUAGGGAGAUGUUCACAGAUAAAGAAGAAAGAAUCCGAGUCACCGAUUGUUGUUCACCCAGGAACUUCUCUCCUGAGAUAAACACCCCUAGUGCACCAGGAAUUCCAAUGGAUGUCGGUUUUUGCACAUCAGGAUCAGCUGGACUGACACAACAUUCCUGCAUCUUAACUGAACAGUGGAAAAUGUAUAAAUCAGUUUCUCGUCUGCGACUGGUGCAGCAGAUUUGGCACUUUUCCUUCGGCCUGUUUGGCUGAAUGACUAACAGGAGGCGCUGACACUCUCGAACACACAAAAAGAAGAAAAGCCUGAAAGGACGAGGGACAACAGGACGUUCGCUGCUAGUCGAAGAGCAAGCGAACAGAUUUGGGUCAAAUGUGGAAUCUGCACUUGGAGAAUCCGAAUCAAAUGUGUGAAAAACACAGUUUGGACUUCAGGCCUGAUGUGUUUUCUUGAGAGUUGUUAAGUAUUCAGUCGUCUUUUAGUUUAAAUAUUUUAUUGUAAGUUAAUAUAAUUUUAUCAACAUAAAUUAUUUAAUGCAUUUCAGUAUUCCUGCUUUUAGAGCAAAGGUGGCCUGAUAAAAAUGUGUUUCUGUGUCUGUUGUUUGGUUCACCGCCUUCCCCUCCAGUCUUCGAUAUGCUGUUUUCUUUCAGACAUCUUAACUUCCUUUGGUUUUCGUAAGCUCAACUCAAGUUUGUAUCUUUGUGAAUGAAGAAAGCAGAUUUUUACCGUCUGCUGUGGUCAAAUGAAGGAAAAUUUAUGUGAGAAUAUGCAGUUGCUUUGUCCAGAUUGUGGCAUUUUUGUCAGGGGUUUAAUUUUACAGCUGACAUGAGAGAUUCAUGUGAAUUACAGGCAGUUAAACAACAUUAGGCCUUCGAUAAAGAGAAGGAGAUACAGUAACUUCUCUGUCUGUGUCACUGUGAAUGAGAUAAAUCUGAAGAAAGGUUCCUGUAUGUGAAAAUUAAGUGUCCCAGCAUGUGAAUCAAAUUUGACACAUGAUGUGAGAUCCUCCCCAGAAAUACCAGGCAGCUUUUCACAAGUUCUUAAUGUGAAAAUCUCUUCAAUCAACAAGUGAUGAGUUAGAUUCACAUCCCUGUUUAAUUCACUCAAAAAAACAUUGGCACUCUGGUGAAAUCCGUCCUCAGCUUUCUACAGGAUUUUAUAUCACUGGCUUUAAAGCUGCUGUGAUUGAAUAAAAGUCAAGUUGAAGGAGAUUCGCUACGAAAAAGUUUUGACAGCUGCAGUAAAUGAAGGAAAAGUCUCAGCUGCUGUGUCGUCUGUGUGUCAUAUUAGCAGGCGUUCGACAGGUUUUUGAAAUUCAACACUACUGGACAAACAUAGUUUUGUUCUGAUAUUUUUUUUCAACAAGACUCUUCAUUUUUAAAGUCUAAUCUAAGCACUUAUUGUAUAUAAUUAGCAUCAAAUGCCCACUAAUAAAGUAAAUCUGCUAUUUA